CAUCCAAAGUCACAUCAAAGUCUCAUUGUUCCAAAGUGGCAUCAAAAUCAGUUUUUGUUUUGGCAAAAAAAGAAAUGCAAAACACAUCAAAAAAGCUACAAAAAAAACACACCAAAAACACUGUUCAAAAACAAAAAACGCGCUGUACCAGGGGCGGACUGACCAUUUGGAAACUCUGGCACUGCCCGAGGGCCCGGGGUCAGUAGGGGGCCCCAUGAGAUGCCCCUGUUACCUUUUUCAUAAGCUUUUUUGAGUUUGGGCAAGGACACAGGGGCCCCAUGAUCCCCUAUUGCCCGGGGGGCCC